AACAUAUUUUUUAAAUAAAUAUAGCUAGUGGAGUUUCUUUAUCGAAACUGCAUAUGUGAUUCGUCAGGUAGUGUCAUAAGCAAGAUGGCAGCCUCCGGCAGUAAACAGUAUGGGCUCAUACUACCUAAAAAAGGCACUUCAAAAUCUGCCCCCCUUCCACGACCUUCUAUCUUUGGGGAUGACUCGGACGAAGAAGCCUCUGUUGGGGAGACUUUGCAAAAGGAGUCCAUCAAAAAGAAAAUGAUGAAGCAGACCCGUCUUGAGAUGCAGAAAGCUCUGGAGGAGGACAGCACGGUGUACGAGUAUGACAAUGUAUAUGAUGACAUGCAGAAACAGAAGCUUGAUAGCAAUAAAAAACUGUUAGGAGGUACAGACAAAAAGCCCAAGUAUAUAAACCAGCUACUGCGGGCUGUGGAAGAGAGGAAGAAGGAGCAAGAGCGACGAGAUGAAAGAAAGAUUCAGAAGGAAAGAGAGGCAGAGGGCGAGAAGUUUGCUGACAAAGAAGCAUACGUUACUUCAGCAUAUAGGCAGAAGCUUAAAGAAAGGCAAGAAGAGCUUGAGAAAGAGAAAAGAGCUGCAGAGAUUGAGGCUGCCUUGGAUGUAAAGAAGCAGAAGGACCUUAGUGGAUUUUACAGGCAUCUUUUAAAUCAGACAGUGGGGGAGGAGGCUGUUCCUGAUCGGAGUGCUGAAAGGGCAGAGAAACCCAAGGAGCAGAAGUCCCCAGUUGUGGACUCCCCACCACAAGAAAAUGACAGUGAAGACGAACGCCACAGCGAUGAUGACCAGAAGACUUCAAAAUCAGAGUUCAGCAAGACAAGCAGCAACAGCAGCCACUCCAAGAGGCACUACCGACAGAGGUCUCCUUCCUCAGCCAGUGGCGAUGAACAAGAGAAGGAAAGGAAACAAGAGAAGGAGAAGAGGAGACACAAAGAAAAAGAGAGGGACAGAGCAAGAGAGGACAAGCAUGGUCAUCGCAAAGAAGACAAGGACCACAGAGGAGAAAGGGGCCGACAUUGGGACAGGGAGGAAGAGAAAGGACGAGAACGAAGGGAUGAAGACAGAGGAAGAGAGCGAAGAGACAGGGACAGGGAGAGAGACAAAGAAGACAAGCAUGGGAAGAAACACAGAACAGACAGCAGCCCAAAAGAGCGAGCACAUGAACGAAAUGAAGAAAAAGGGAGGGAUCGGGACAGACACAAUGAGAGAGACCACCACAAAACAGAUGACAAGGGCAAAAGGGAUGCAGGAAAAGAGAAGGAAGAAAAUACCCAAGCAGAUGAGAAGACGAAAGAAAAGGAUGCACAAGCUGAAGGUGGUGCUGAAGUUGAGGCAGAACCAGGUCCCAGCAAAUUUGCAAAACGCAACAGUGAACAGACUGUGAGCUCUGCCCGGGAAAGAUAUUUGGCUCGACAGAUGGCUCGAUCGGCUGCAAAGUCCUACAUUGAAAAAGAUGAAGACUAAAAUGCACACAACUGUGCAGGGACUGUUUCACAUAUGGUGGAUGUUGGUAACUAGACUAACCUGAGGGAAGUCAUGUUUCCACUGUAGUUGCCAUUUAAUUUCAAAUUGUACAGUAACUUGUUUGUGCUUAUUAAAAAAAAGUAUGUGGUUCA